CGCAGUUAGCUGCUCGUCUCGUGCGGAACUCUCAAACUGGCCGAACAACAAUUAACGGCUAAAUAGAUAAACAAUCCGCAAUAGUUUUACUACUACUACUCAAGUACUGUUAAAACUCGAAAUCUUGUAAAGUAAACAAACUAAUUCCGCCAGUCGGGCGGUGUUGUGUUGCCGACCACUUUUUUUUGUGUUCAGCCGCUUGUUUUUGCCGACGCGUUUUUAAAAGCCUCGCUAAGGAGUUGAGAUAUUGCCAGAAUGCACUAAGGAGGUCCAAACAAAAUGAAGAUGCCGCAAAGAACACCCAGCCCUGCUAAUUCCGAGAUUUCGGUGGGUUCGCCCAGUCCGCCGCCUAUGAAAUCCGUCAAUAUAAAGCGUUUGCGGCACUUGAGGAGUCCUAUAACCCUGGAAAAUGGUCGACAGAAGUCAUCUCCCGUCAGGAUCAAAAGCUUUUCCAUUGCCGAUAUCCUGGGAAAGAGCAGUGAAGAAGAUCAGGAGAAAAAAGCAGAGAGAAGUACUGCUUCCACUGUUUUACCCGGAGUAUCUGCUCCUCUGGUGCUGAUCAACGAAAGAUUGCAGAUGCCAGUGGUGCAGAACUGUCCUCCGCCUGCUGCACUGCACCCCUUUCUAUCACCCGCAAUACUGCACAGUUACGAGCAGCGAUUGGCAUGGGACUACCAGCGCCAGCUGCAGGAGCACUUCCACGCCCAGGCCCACCUCCUCCGUCACAUGUCCUUGAAUCCCGCGAUCAUCGCCUCCGAGGACGGCAGUUCAGAGCGCUCGCAGAGAUCCAGCAGCAGCAAUGGCAGCACCGAUUGCUGCAGUCCCGCUCGGGUGGAAAAUCGGGAGAAGCCAACCACCCAAGAUAGUGGUGGGGAGACCCAGAAGAAGGCGCAGGAGGAACAGCCAACGGGAGCAGGCAAAUCGAAUGGGGACACCCCUCUGGAUGCCCUCUUCCAACUAUCCACCAAGAACUUUGACGAGGAACAAGAUCCCGCCACGUUGAACAUAUUUGCCACGCGAUCCAAUCCAAAGAAGAAGCGCAAGUCCCGCACCGCCUUCACCAAUCAGCAGAUCUUCGAGCUGGAGAAGCGCUUCCUGUACCAAAAAUAUCUCUCGCCAGCGGAUCGCGAUGAAAUCGCCGGCGGCCUGGGCCUCUCCAAUGCUCAGGUCAUCACUUGGUUCCAAAAUCGAAGGGCCAAACUUAAGAGGGACAUGGAGGAGCUGAAGAAGGACGUGCAAUGCGAGAAAAUAGCCGACCAGUCAGCAGAUCCCAGUCGCUCGCACCUCCCCCUCCACCAUCACCACCAGCACCCACAGAGCAUCGGAUCGGAAAAGGAUAGGGUCAGGGAUGGGGAUAAGGAUCGGGAUCGGGAGAAGGACAAGGAUAAGGAGGAGCUGCGCAUGCUGAAGCUAAUGACUCUGAUGCGCUACUCGGAUGGCAAGUUGCUCUAUUCGCAACCACCGCCACCGGAAUCGUAUUUGCCCGCUUCGUAAUUUGAAAACUACUAAGAACGAACGCUUCUUUUCGCAUCUAAUUUGCCAAAAAAAAAAUGGAAAAGCCGCCCAGUGGAGAAGGAAUUGCAAAAUUCUUGUUUUGAUAAUUCUAAUUAAAUUAUUAAAUGAAUUUAAAAAUUAUAAUCGAUUUUAAUGUAUA